CGCUGAGAUCAUCAUUAUCUCGAAUACUUAGGCGCUGGGUCUGUUUUUGUUACUGAGAUCUUCAAUUGAACUUCUCCACCUUUCAUUAAUUGUCUAAUUGCCCCCCACCCCGGCACCUACACUCCCCUCCACCGCGUCAACAAGAUGUCGCAACUCGUCGGCAAGACCCGUCUCGCCUACUCGCGCACAUGGCACUAUGUCGAUGCCGGCGCCGAUGAACGAUCCCUCGGCCGCCUCGCCUCGUCGAUCGCCCUCGUUUUGAUGGGCAAGAACAAGCCCAUCUACGACCCCUCAACAGACUGUGGUGACUACGUGGUGGUUGUGGGAUGUCACGAUCUCAAGACAACAGGAAAGAAGCGAUUCCAGAAGAAGUACUACACGCACACGACGCGGCCCGGUAGCUUGAAGAGCAUGACGAUGGAUCAAAUGUUUGCCAAAUGGGGUGGUGGUGAAGUUCUCCGCCGCGCUGUCAGAGGCAUGCUGCCUAAGAACCGACUUAAGGAUGCCCGCCUCGCUCGAUUGAAGACUUUCGAAGGUGUCGCCCACCCCUACAAGGAAAAUAUCGUCAAGUUCGGCAACCAAUCGGUGAUCGGAAAUCUGCCCGAAGUGCAGGAAGCAUUCAAAGAAGCCGCCGACAAGCCAAGCGCAUAAAGCAACCUUUUUCAUCUCUUCUUCUUUCGUCAUUUUACAAUACCGACCUAAACCGGGUCUGUGUCUGCCUGUAUUCUAUUCUCCUGCGAUGUUAUGAUCCUACUGCAAAAGCGCAUGGGUGUGGAGUCCAUUUGGGAUAUUGCUUUUGAUUAUCUACUCCGUUGACUUGGCCUCGGACUUUUCAACUUUCAGAGCCUGCGGUUCUUUUGAAAUGUACUUAUAGCACAUACAAUCACAAUACCACGUACUAUACAAUACUUA